GCGAUGUUGCUAAAUUGACACAAGUAUUUUGUCCUUCUGCAGUUGAAGCGCAAAGACAGUCACUACGAUCACAAAAAUUCCUAGAUGUACAAGUUGAUGGGUUAUCGCAGGUCAAUUUAACAUCCCAAGCUGCAGCUGAUGCUGAGCCAUAG